AUGAGCAACGACAGUUUAUUGAAAAGUUCGGUGAACCAAUACUUGGAAGAGCUCCCGCAAGUGAUACAGAGCAGGCUUUACGAGUCACCAGCAACAUGCUUGGCCAUAUACAGACUUCUGCCGCAAUUGGCGAAAUUCUUCAUUAUGUCUAUGGUCUUCAAUGAGAGCGAAAUAUCGUUGCGAGACCUCGAUAGAUGGGUGAAAUCCGGAGGUAAGACGCAGUUUCAAGAAGCUAUCAAAUCUAUGAAAUCCCUGCAUUUAUUGAUUCCUGUAAGGGGCAAUGGUCCGAUGAUGAUUAACCUCAAUAAAACUUUCAAAGAAAGCUUUAAGAAUGCGUUAACGGGAGGCAAGGUUAAUAACUCCUUUGGUAUUGUUAUUGAGCAGGCCAAUGAUAUUGUCACCACAGAAAUACUGGAUACAUACUCUGCAGAUAAAUGGGAAACAAUUCUGCAUUUUAUGGUUGGUACUUCACUUAGUAACAUACCUUCUGAAAACGUUUUAAAUCUGUUAAAGCACAGUAGAUUGAUGGAAGAAUCCAACAGUAAUAGAGGUGUUAAGAUCACCAACGAGGGAUUUCAAUUUUUAUUACAGGAUGUGAACUCUCAAAUUUGGGCCUUAUUGCUUCAAUACUUAAAAAUGACAGAAACUAUACAGAUGGACCCAGUUGAAGUACUCAAUUUCAUUUUCAUGUUGGGUGCCCUGGAAUUUGGUAAAUCCUAUAGCAUAGAUGGCUUGAGCGGAACUCAAAAGAUAAUGCUGAAAGAUAUGCGAGAUUAUGGUUUAGUGUUUCAAAAAAAUUCAAAUGCAAAUGUUUUUUAUCCUACGAGGCUAGCUACCAUGUUAACAUCUGAUUCGAAGGCUAUAAGAAGCGCAUCCGGUGCGAUGGAUAGUGUUCUUAAGCAAAACAAAGAGGAUAGUGUUAAUGGAACCUCGGCAGCCAUCACUGAUGAGGACAGCAGUGGCGAUCAAAUUGGUCUAAAAACCCAAGUUAUUCACGAUGGUGCAUUGAUCGUGGAGACGAACUUCAAACUUUACUCCUACUCAAACUCGCCACUGCAAAUAGCAAUCUUGAGUUUAUUUGUUCAUUUGAAAUCAAGAUUUUCAAAUAUGGUUACGGGUCAACUGACAAGAGAGUCUAUCAGGAGAGCUUUGACAAACGGUAUCACGGCUGAUCAGAUUAUUGCUUAUCUGGAAACUCAUGCUCAUCCUCAAAUGAGGAGGCUUGCGGAAGAAAGAUUGGAAAAGAAACUGGAGCUGGAUGCAAAUUGCAAAGAUCCGCUAUUAAUCCUACCUCCUACAGUCGUGGAUCAAAUAAAACUGUGGCAACUGGAGCUUGAUCGUAUCAUUAGUUAUGAUGGAUCAUUAUAUUCAGAUUUUGAAAGCCAUCAAGAAUACCAUCUGCUGAGUUCAUACGCUCAAGAUAUUGGUGUAUUAAUAUGGAAAGAUGAUAAAAAGAAAAAAUUCUUUGUUUCAAAGGAAGGUAAUUCACAGGUUCUUGAUUACGCAAAAAGAAAAUUGAAGAAGAAGCAAACUCCAUGA